AUGGGGCCCCCGGCAAUAGGGGAUCAUGGGGCCCCUGUGUCCUUGCCCAAAUUUAAAAAAGCCUAUGAAAAAGGUACCAGGGACAUCUCAUGGGGCCCCCUACUGACCCCGGGCCUUUGGGCAGUGCCCAAGUUUUCAAAUGGUCAGUCCGCCCCUGGCCACAACGCACCUCUCCAGCACCCGAACUCCAACUGAUCGUUCACUAUCUGUUUUGCAAUAUUUCAUCUUAUAGAGUAAGAGAGGGUUGUAACUCUGUAAGUUUUUUUGCCAUCUGUGUCCCCUAGGGGCGAUAUUCCUUCACUUCCUGUCCCAUAGCCA